AUGAAGAACGAGCAAAGUAGCAACAACUCUGUUGCAAUUGUUGGAGUAGGUUUUAGAUUACCUGGUAACUCAAAUGAUACAGCAUCAUUAUGGGACAAUUUAAUAAAUAAGUUUGAUGGGAUUGUUGAUUCAACAGAAAGAUGGAGUGACAAUUUUACAACAAAUGGCGAUAUUAAAAGUAAUCAGGCCGGUUUAAUUUCAAUGGAAGAAAUUAAGAAUUUUGAUCCACUAAUGUUUUCAAUUUCUCCAUCCGAUGCACCAAGCAUUGACCCACAACAAAGGUUGUUGUUGAAAUGUACAUGGGAAGCAUUGGAGGAUGCAAAUUGUGACCCAAUCAAAUUAAGAGGCUCAAAUACUAGUGUUUACGUUGGUAUAUCAACAUUCGACUACUUAUCUAUUAUGAGAAACCCUGAAGAAACUUUACCAAAUGUUUUUGGUUCAUCUUUUCACUCGGCUUCAAAUAGAAUUUCCUAUUGCUUUGAUCUUAGGGGCCCAUCUCUUUCGAUCGACACUGCAUGCUCAUCAUCACUCAAUGCAAUCGAUUUGGGUUUCAAAUCAAUAGUGGAUGGAUAUUGUACUUACUCUGUAGUUGGAGGGGCAAGUCUGUUAUUUGAUGCUAUAUUUUGUAAAGCAUUCUCACACUUAAAUAUGCUUGGUGAAGGUGGUAAAAGUAGAACAUUUAGCGCAGAUGCUGACGGUUAUGCAAGAGGUGAAGGUGUUGGCGUUGUUAUAUUAAAGAAUUUAGAACAAGCUAUAAAAGACGGAGAUAAAAUCUAUUGUUUAAUUGAUGGCAUCAAUUCUAAUUCUGAUGGUAAUUAUGAUAAAAAUAGUUUUUAUGCUCCAUCCAAAACAGGUCAAUCCAACAACAUCAAAACAAUGUUUAAUAAAUGUAAUGUUAAACCUCAAGAAAUCUCGUUUGUAGAAUGCCACGGUACAGGUACACCCACAGGAGAUCCAAUCGAAGUAGAAGGUAUUUCAAUGGCCUUCUCUAAAUAUCAUUCAAAAGAAAAUCCAUUACUAAUUGGUUCUAUUAAAUCAAAUAUUGGUCAUUUAGAAGCUUGUUCUGGUAUUGCAUCAAUAGUUAAGUGCUGCUUGAUGCUCAAACAUCGUCAAUUUGUUCCAAAUAUUAAUUUUAAUGAACCAAACCCCAAUAUAAAGUUUGAUGAGUGGAAUGUUAAAGUUAUUACAGAGAAUACACCAUUUCCAAAUGAUAAACCAGUUUCUUUAAUGAUUAAUAACUUUGGCAUUACUGGAUCAAAUGUAUGCAUUGUAUUAUCUGAAUAUAAAAAUCAAAAACCAACAGCUAAUGAAAAACCUCAAUCAGAUAAAUUUUAUUUAGUACCAUUUUCAUCAAAUAGCAAACAAUCAUUAAACAACUAUUUUUCAAAAAUAAUAAGUGAUUAUAUUUACUAUUCAGAUAAUGUCAGUUUGAAUGAUUUUGUUCACUACCAAUCAGAUUCCAAGUCAGUAAAAUUAUACCAAAGAGCAGUCUUAUUAGCAAAUAAAUGGCAAGAUAUCAAAAACAAUGAUAAUAUAAUUAAAACAAAGAAUAAUAUAACUUCAAAUUUAAAAAUAUCAAAUGAAUCAAAUAAAGAUACAAAUAUAUGCUUUGUUUUUAGUGGUCAAGGUACUCAAUGGAACCAUAUGGGUGAACAGUUAUAUAAAAAUGAUUCUUAUUUUAAACAAACAAUUGAUCUUAUAGAUGAAAAGCUUUCAAAUUAUUUUGGUUAUUCAAUACUAGAAAGACUAAAAUCCAUACAAGAUGGUGAUAUUUCAAUUAACGAGCCAAUUAUUGCACAACCAUCCAUUUGUAUGAUUCAAAUUGCCUUAUUUGAAUCUUUAACAAAACAAUGGGGUGUUUCUCCAAAUUUUAUUAUUGGCCAUAGUUUAGGUGAAUUAACUGCACAAUAUUGCUCUGGGUCUAUCGAUUUAGAUACCCUAUGCUACAUACUGUACCAUAGAUCAAAAGCGCAACAAAAAACAGUAGGUUCUGGUAGAAUGCUCUCAAUUAAUAUCAGUGCUGACCAAUAUAUAAAAGAAUAUUCAAAUCAAUACCCAUCAAUAGAAAUAUCAUGUUAUAAUUCACCCAACUCUAUAGUUAUUGGCGGUGAUGAAGAUUCUUUAAAAAAAAUUCAAAAAACAUUAAAUGUUUUUAACGCAUUUUUAAGUACGCCAUCAUCAUUCCAUACAUCAUCUCAAGAUUUAAUUAAACAAGACCUAUUGAGCUUAGAGUUUAAUUCAAAUAAACCCUCUAUUCCGGUACUAUCAACUGUUGAUAAAGAUUUCUUUAAUGGUGAAACCAUUACAUUUACUCCAGAGUAUUGUUAUAGAAAUGUUAGAGAGUCAGUUUACUUUACAGAAACAGUAGAAAAACUCUAUCAACACAUUGAAUCUACUCAACUAGGAAAUAAUUUAAUUUUUAUUGAAAUAUCACCACAUUCAGCCUUGACUUUUCAUUUAAAACAAAUAGAACCAAAUGAAGAUACCAAAUAUUUUAAUAAAAUUACAAUUUUAAAUACACUAAACAAAAACAAAACAGAUAUCAAUCAAAUGUUUAAUUUAUUAUCAACAUUAUAUUGUAAUCAUAAUAUCGAAGUCAAUUUUAAAAAUCAAUUAAAUAACUUCAACACAUCAUAUAAAUUGAAAGAUUUAAAUUUACCCAAAUACCAGUGGGAUGACAAAGAGUUUUGGUGUGAAGAUAUUGAUAGUUUAGACUAUAGAUCAAAUGGUCCACCUGUCGAAUUGCUUGGUAACAAAAAUAUAAAAACACCACUAAUGUCAUAUAAAACAGUGAUCAAUGUAGAGAAGAAACAAUUUCAAUACUUGAAAGGCCAUCAAGUUAAAGGAAAGUACUAUUUGCCAGGAUGUUCAUAUAUUGAAAAUAUAAUAUCAAGUUUCCCAAACCAAGAUUUGAUUAUAAACUAUUUGGAAUUUAAAAAACCUGUAAUAUUAAUGGAAGGUGUUAGAAAACAACUACAAACAAAUAUUUCACAAAUUUCAAAAAAAGAUUAUAGAGCACAAUUUCAUUAUUAUGAAACAAAUUUAAACAAAUGGAUAGAAUCAUCUAGCGGCAAUGUUCAACUAUUCAAUUUUAACAACCCAAAAGAAAAGAAGAUGAAUAUCGAAUACUUAAAAUCAAUUUGCAAUCUAACAACUUUAAGUAAAAAAGAUUUUUAUACACAUGUCAAAUCUAAAACUGGCUUAUCAUACUCUGGCUAUUUUCAAUCAAUUAAAGAAUGUAGAUUAGGGAAUAAUGUAGUUUUAAACACUGUUCCAUAUACAAUAAUUGGUGACAACAUCAAUACAAUUAUAAACUGUGCAUUAUUGGAUAGUUGUAUGCAUGGUGCCAUGGUUUUUAUUCAGGACCAAUGUAAUCUUGUAUUUGAAAGUGUUAAAAAUAUCAAGUUUUAUUCAAGCAAUUUAUCAAAGAACUAUGCCAAAGACUUACUUGUAUUUAUUGAAAAUAAAGGUAGAAAGGGUGAUUCUUUUGGAUUUAAAACAACUAUCAUGCUGGAAGAUGGUACUAUUGUAAUGGAAAUUGAAUUGGGAAAUAUGAAAUCAAUGACACCCGUUAUAGACUCUUUAAAAAUCGAAUACCCAACCACAAAUGAUUUCCAAACAUCAUAUUUACAAUUAAAAGACAGCGAAGUCGAAAUUAUAUUUAAAGAUAUAAAUAAUAAUCAAGAUGUAAAUAACAUAGAACUUGAUACCUUAUCACAAGAAAAAAUGGCAAUUAAAUUUGAACCACAAGAAUUAAGCAAAUAUUCAAAUUAUCAACAAUCAAUUGUAGAUUCUAUAAAAGAAUCGUUAAAACCGCUAAUAAAGAAAAGAAAUGUAAUUAGAAUAAUUGAAUUUGGUGGUAAUACAGGUUCACUUUCAUUCAGUAUUUUAAAUGGUAUAACUCAGCUAUUAGAAGAUGAAUUUAAUGGUGGUUUUAAUGAAAUCGAAAUCGAAUAUACAUGGAGUGAUGAAUCUACAAUUUAUGUUGAACAAGUUAAAGAAAGACUCUCAUUUUUCAAAAAAGGAAAUGUUAUAUUAAAAAAAUUAAAUUUAAAUCAAAAUUUAUGUCCAUCACAAGAACUUAAACCCAACUAUUAUGAUAUUGCUCUUAUUUCAAACUCAAUCUUUACUGUUAAAAACUUUCAAUUUAGCAUAAUAGAAAUUAACAAAAUAUUAAAGAAUAAUGGAAGCUUAAUGAUAUUAGAUUUAAUAUUCAACUUACCUUUUUACAACACAUUUUAUAGUAUAUUUGACGAAUGGUGGCAAUUAAAAAAAAGAAACAAUUUAACAAAUGAUGAAUGGCAAAAUAUAUUAAAUAAUAAUAAUUUCAAUAAUGUAAAGAUAAUAAAUAAUAAUGAUAACCCACAUAUAGUAUAUUCACAAAAGAAUGAAUGUUUAGGCACAGAUGAAAAGGAGCCAAAAAAUAUAAUUCUAUAUUCAGAUAAUCAAUCUUUAAAUUCAGAAUUUAUUAAAAAUAGCCCAAAUAAUUACUUCUCUAUCAAAACAAUUGAAGAAUUUAAUCAAAUUAAAAAAAAAAUUGAUCAAAAUACAGCUAUAUACUUCUUGAAACCAAUUAAUGAUAUGGGUUUAAAUAAUUUUAAACAAGUAACAUUAGAGUAUAUUAAAAUUGCACAAUUUAUUAUAGAAAACAAAUUAAAUACCAAACUCGUACUGGCUUCAUCAAAUUGUUAUUCAAAAGAAUCAUCAAAUUACUUGGCUGCAUCUAUAAUUGGGGUUUUUAAAAAUCUAAUAGAUCAAUUUCAACAACUGUUAUUCUUUUCUUUGGAUUUUGAUAAUGAAUCCCUAAAGAAUGAAAAAAAUGUAGUUUCUGUGAUAAAAAAAUUAACCGAUACAGAUUAUAGUAUCGAAAGAGAAUUUAUUAUUAGAAACAAUAAAGUUUAUAUAGAGAAACUCAAAGAUGAAACAAAUAUUUAUCAAAAGUAUCAAUCAGAAUCAAUAGAAAAUCAAAUAGUUUCAAAUGACCAUUUAUUUGCAAAAUUAAAUGAAAAUUUAGAAUUUGAAUUACAAUCAAAAAAGCAAUUAGAAGAUGACCAAGUUGAAAUUGAAACAAAAGCAAUUGGUAUCAAUUAUAAGGAUUAUUUAGUGUAUACUGGCCAUAUAUCAUCUGAUGCUGAAGAUAACUCGGCUCAAUUUGGUAUAGAAUAUUCUGGUAUUGUUAAAGAUAUUGGUUCAAAUGUUACCGAAUUUAAUGUUGGUGAUAGGGUUUAUGGAAUGGGACAUGCCACAUCAUCAAGUAUCAAUAUUGUAAAUAAAAACCACUUGUGCCAUAUGCCAAGCAAUACUACUUUUACCGAAGCUGCAUCAAUACCUACAGUUUAUUUAACAUCAUACCAUUGUCUAUUCAAGGUGGGUAAUCUAGAUAUUGAAGAGCAAGAGUCAAUUUUAAUUCAUUCAGCUUCUGGUGGAGUUGGUUUAUCAAUGAUAGAAAUUCUAAAAUGGAAAGAGUUUAAAGGAAAUCUAUUUGUAACAGUUGGUUCAAAUGAAAAAGAGGAUUAUUUAAUCAAUAGAUAUGGCUCAUUUAUUACAGGUAUUUUUUCAUCAAGAAACAAGGACUAUGUAGUUCAAAUAAAAGAAAAACUAAAACAAUUAGGCUCAAAUAAAUCAGGUGUAGAUAUAAUUAUUAAUACUUUACCAAGUGAAUUUUUAGAAUCAAAUUUCCAAUGUUUAAAUCCAUGUGGUAGAAUCGUUGACCUUUCAAUUACACAUUUAAAUCCUAAUGAAUACAUGACCAAUAACAACUUUAGAUUCAAUUUAUCGUACGCAAACAUUGAACUAUUAGUACUUGAUUUUUCAUAUCUAUGCAAAAUAUUAAAAAUUAUAAGCACUGAAAUUUCAAGCGGUAAACUAAUCCCCAUUCCAAUUUCCGAAUACUCAGUAUUAAAUGUUAAAAGUGCUAUCGAAUAUAUUAAUCAAAGAAAGCAUAUAGGUAAAAUUGUAGUCAAUUAUGAAGACUUUAAUAUUAAAAACUAUUUAAUUGCAAAACAAGAACAAAAACAAGAAGAAAUUGAAAAAGUACCCAUUAUCAAAUCAAACUAUGCAAUCAGUAAAGAACUGGGUGAAACUGUUUUAGUAACAGGUCAAACUGGUAUAAUAUUAGAGAUCAUCAAAUGGAUAACAAAAUAUUCAAAAUCAGUUAAAAACAUUAUUAUAUUAUCAAAAUCAUCACUAAAAUGGGAACUACAACUAUUAAUCAAUCUAAACAAACACAAAAUAAAUUAUUAUUUCAAGAGUGUAGAUGUAGAAAACUAUGACCAAAUUGAAGACAGUGUUUCGCAAGUAAUGAAUGAAAAUGGACAUAUCAAAACAAUUCACUCAAUAUUCCACUUUGCAUUCGCAUUUUUAACAGUUGACCCAUUAGAACUAAACAUUAGACAUUUAGAUAUUUCGCAUGGUGCAAAAACUAUUGGUGCAAUCAAUUUACAUAAUCUAUCAAUAAAACACAAAUGGGAAAUCAAAAACUUUAUUAUGGCAUCAUCAAUAGCAACUUUAUUGGGCAACCACAACCAAAGUACCUAUAUUAGUGCUAACAGUGUUUUAGAAUCUCUAGCCAAUCAUAGAAAAUCACUUGGAUUACCAGCAUUAACGGUAAAUUGGGGACACAUCGGUUCGACAGGUAUUGUUUCAAGAAAUGAUUCAGUUGGCGAAUUUUUAGAAGGUAUUGGGUUAGAACCAUUAGAAUCCAAUAUGAUUUUCGGUGCAUUGGAUCUUUUCAUUCAAAAUAAAGCAACUCUUCAAAAUGACUAUAAUAAAACCAUAAUAAGCAAAGUAAAUUUAGAUAUUUUGGCAUCAAGUAACCUUUAUAAUCACAAAAUUGACUAUAAAGUAAAUAUUUUCUUUAAAGAUAAAAAAGCAAAAGAAAACGAAGAUAACCGAGGAUUUGAAGCUAUCCAAAGAAAGGUUUUAUCAAAAAUAUCAGAACUUUUAAAUAUAAAUGAAAACAAUGUAAACACUAAACUUAAAAUUUCAGAAUUUGGUGCAGACUCUUUAGUACAAGUACAAGUUAAAAACUGGGUAGAUAAAGAAUUUAAAAAGAAUCUAUUCAGUAUUUUAGAAUUACAAAAUCAUACAAUUGAAUCAAUAAUUAAAAAACUGAGUACUUAA